AUGCCUGACCAGUGGGUUGACGCUGAUGGAAUCGCGGCAUCCUUGGCUGCCUUGAAUGUCGGAAACGAUUUGGCGACCAUCGAGCUCGACAAGUCUCAACCGCCUAGUCCAGACGGCUCAGGACAUCCAGUAAACUUUCAAGUCAUCGCUCCUGGCCUCUACCGAUCAAGCUACCCUCUUUUCGCACACUUUGAACUGCUUGCUGACCUCAAACUCAAAACUAUUAUCACUCUCGUCCCGCAACCUCUUCCACUCGAAUUUGAAAACUUCAUCUCAUCUAAUGGCAUCGUCCAUCACCACAUCCCAAUCCUCGCCAACAAGGACCCCACGGUAUAUUCCCCGGACGAAAUCGUCAAUAAGGUGGUGAAACUGAUGCUCGACCCGGCCAAUUAUCCCAUGCUCAUCCACUGCAACAAGGGCAAGCAUCGAAGUGGAACAAUUUGUGCUGCAUUUCGCAAGGUGACGGGCUGGACUCUUGAAGCUUGUAUCGAAGAGUACGAGCAGUAUUCGAAGCCCAAAGAUCGAGAUCUGGACAAGGUCUUCAUCGAACGCUACGACGCCUCAGUACUCAAACCUUUGGCAUAUGAGAGGGGUUAUAUCGGCGGUGCGUAUGGCAUGGGAAUAACAAGCACUGCUUCGACGAGAUCGUCUAAUUACACUACGAAUACCGUGGAGACCGCCUUUACCAGUGAGGGAAGCCAGCUCCUUGCCAACGACUACCAGGAACGUGUCAAAAGAGAGAACGACGCGUUCUUAGAGACUGCGAGAUCAUGGUCGUAUAGAUGA